AUGGCAGAUGAUAAUGAGAAUAAUGAGAUUAUACAAGAUAAAACAACGAGCGAUUUAAUUAUCAAUAAUGAAAUAGAAAAUGAGGAACCAAAGGAUCAAAAGAACAAUCAAUCAAAUGAAAGUCCAAGCAAUGAUCCGGAACUUAUUGAUGAUUUAAAGGCAAAAAACGAGAAAGAAUUGGAAAUUGAAAUAACAGAGGAAGAUAAAGUUGAAAUAAACGAAACCAACGAAGAACAGGAUGUUGAGGAAGAUGAUUUUGAUGAUUUCGACGAUUUUGAAGAAGCAAAAAUUACAAACAACAACAAAGAUCAACAAAAUGAAAGCGGCAACGACGACGACGACGAAGAUGAUGACGACGAUUUUGGUGAAUUUGAUGAAUUUGAUGAAUAUGAAUCACCAACAACAGUUUCAAAUAAUAAUGAAAAUGAAAUAGCAAUUCCAGAUUCAUCAUUUACAAAUAAAUUAGAAUUUGAAAAAAGUUUAACAAAAUUAAUGAAUAAAUUGUUUAUAAAUCCUCAUCAAUUUCAUUCUACUAAGCUGGAAGAAGAAGACGAACAAGAAGACGAACAAGAAGACGAACAAGAAGACGAAAAACAAGAAAAACAAGAAAAAGAAGAUACAAAUACUUUACUUAAUGAAAGAUCUCAAACAAUAUAUAAUCAAAUUUCUAAAAUUCCAUAUUUACAACCUUCAAAUUGGUUAAAACUGGAUAUAAGACAUAAUUUAUUAAUAAAAUUAGGUAUACCCAUAAAUUUAGAUGAAUUAAAACCUAUGACAUCAAAUACGACAAACAAUAAUUCAUCGAAUCUAACACAACAAUCAAACCCAUCUACAUCUUCUUCUUCUUUAUUAGGUGUACCAACAACAAGCUCAACUCAUUCAAGAAAAAAAUCAAUAACUGAAAAUGAUUUAAUUUGGACAACACCCAUUCCAAAAUUUGAAGAUUUGAAACUAACAAAUGAUGACAAAGAUUUAUUACUCAAGCAAACAAAAGAUAUAAUAUCAAAAUAUGAAAUAAAUUUAAUGGAAAAUUCUUCAUUUGAAUACUUAGCUAAUUUAAAUAAUGAUACAAAACUAGAUGAAAAAUUAACACAAUUUAAAAAUUUAAAAGAAGAGUUAGUGAAGCUAAAUUCUAUUUGGUUAAAUCAACUUGGUUCUUUAAGAAAUGAUUAUGAAAUUUAUGAAAAUUAUAUUCAAAGUUGUAUUGGAUAUUCUCAAAAAUUAAGAAGAGAAGAGAUAUUAGAAAAUUUAAAAAAAUUAAAUAAGAGUAAACAAAAAAGUAAAAGAGGUCAUAAAUAG